AGCCCUUGCUUCUCUUUUCUCACUGUGCUCUCAGGGCUCACAGGGAGCCCCCGAUCCUGUGGCCUCAGCCAGCUUUCCCAGCCCUUCAUGGGAAGAGAGAUGCCAUGGACCAUUCUGCUGUUUGCAUCUGGCUCCUUGGCUCUUCCCGCACCAUCCAUCUUCCUGGCUCCCCCCUACCCAAGCAGCCAAGAUGAUCCCAUCUACAUCUCGUGUACAGCCCCAGAGGACUUUCUAGGGGCCAAUUUCACCCUGUUUCGAGGGGAAGAGGCAGUCCAGCUCCUGCAGGCCCCCUCAGAUCAGCCUGGUGUAACAUUCAAUGUGACUGGUGGAGGCAGUGAGGCUGCUGGGGGGAACUUCCGCUGUCAGUAUGUUGUGAUGGGCGAGCACAGCCAGCCCCAGCUGUCGGACCUGAGCCAGUCAGUGCAGGUCUCCUUCCCAGCCCCCAUCUGGAUCAUGACGCUCUCCCUGAGCCUGGCCGGAGCCGUCCUCCUUCUCACGGGGCUGGUGGUUGUCACCGUGGUGGUCAGGAAAGCUAAAAUAAAAAACUUACAGAAGCAGAGAGAGCGGGAAUCCUGCUGGGCGCAGAUCAACUUCACUAAUACAGACAUGUCCUUUGAUAACUCUCUGUUUGCCAUCUCCACGAAAAUGACUCAGGAAAACAUGAUGUCAACCCUGGAUGUACAUCCUCGCAACUCAGGUCCUCAAGACAGGCCCUCCUCUACAUCAUCCUCUCCGGAGCUCCCUGAGUUCAGCACUUUCCGGGCCUGCCAAUGAGGCAGAGGAACGAGGACCCCUUUAUCCAGUUCCCCUAGUCCCACUGCCCACAGCUGCAGAAGCUGGACAUCUGUCCAGAGAGGGGAACUGCUGGUGUGACCUUCCUUACAGAAGACAAGAAAAAUAGGGUAUCAGCCUAGAGGCAGGAUGGAAAGCCAGAGCACCUGUGUAGAUUCUCUGGAUUGGCCAGAUCACCAGAGACGUGCUGCCAUUUCAUCUGGACAUCCAGCUGGGCAUAAGAGGUCGACAUUUUGUACCUCCUUUCCUGGGCUUCCCCAGCUGCACUUGGCUUUCAGACUGGGUGUUUAUGGGGGGGGGGUUGUUUUCUGUUGUUGUAGGGUCUCACUGUGUAUCCCUGUCAGUCCUGGAACGCACUCUGUAGAUCACUGGGCCUCAAACUCACAGAGAUCC